AUGGACCAAGAUUGGAGACGAAUUGAUAUUGAUGCCUUUGAUCCAGAAAGUGGUAGAUUGACCGAAAAGGAUCUAAUACCCCCAUACCCAAACAAUGUCACUUUACAAGAUAUAGAACCAACUAUCAAUCAAUUGCGUAACUUAGCAAGUAGUGGCGAUAGCAUUUCAGCUAUAAAACUAGCUACUAGUGAUCCACCUUACAGUGGUGAUGAAAACGUUAAAUAUCAAUAUUUUCUAGCUGUCAUGACCGCUUUGUCCCAAGUCAAGCAAUCUGACAUUACCAAUAUUAUCAAACAAUUGUCUCCAAAACAACAAGAUGUUUUAAUCAAAUAUCUAUAUAAGGGUAUGGCUGUUAAGGAAACCCAAAAACAGGGUGGUGUCCUAUUAGCUUGGUUUGAAAAAUUGACUCAAGUUGCCGGUAUUAAUCCAGUUGUACAUUAUAUAAAUGAUAGAAAAACUGUCUAG